AGGCAAUGGCGGAGAGAUUUCGUCUUAGUGUGGGAAAUAUAUAAAACACAGGAAAUCACGUUUUUCACUGUGCCUUUAAAGCAUUUGUCAUCAUUAUUCACUUCUCAUAGACAACAUCAUUGACUUCCCUGGCAGGCUCUCAGUAUAUGGGCUCUCAGUCUAGUUCUGGGAUGUCCGGCGGUCGGGGCUCCAGUGGCAACCCUGACCAGUCUGAAGCGGAAUCCAACCAGAGCAGCAGCAGUAAUAACAGUAACAGCAGUAGAAGUCGCAGAUCGGCUGAGGGGCAGCAGGGUGACAGGCAGUCAACAGCAGAGGAGGACGUCGAUUUAGCUCAAGUGCUGGCUUACCUAUUGAGGAGGGGCCAGGUGAGGCUGGUCCAUGGGAGUGGAGCAACAGGCCUGCAGCUCGUCCAGUCGUAUUCGGACUCUGACGAGGACAGCGAUGGGGCCUGGGAGGGGCGUCUAGGAGACCGUUACAACCCUCCCGUGGAUUCCCAGCCAGACACUCAGGAGUUGGACCGGAGUGAAAUCCGGACUCAGAUCCUCUUGACCACGGCCUCAUCUGACUUGAAAGGCAGGCAAAGCUUCACCCACAUGCUAACAGAGAGGGAACAAGGCCGAUGUCGAGGCUCCAGUUUUUCUCACGGAGAGUGUAGUCGCAUUCGCUCACAUUUCCUGCCCAAUCAUGUGACACACAAGGACACAUACCAGCAGAAAGCGUUCUGUGGUGUGUACAGUGAUGAUGGCAACAUGUUCCUCUCUGCCUGCCAAGACCAGAACAUCCGUUUGUAUGACACCAGUAGCGGGCGCUUUAACCUGAAGCAGACUGUGAAGGCCAGGGACGUCGGCUGGAGCGUGCUGGACGUAUGCUUCACCCCCGACUCCCACAACGUGCUCUACUCCAGCUGGUCUGAUUACAUUCAUGUCUGCAGUGUAGAUGGAGACAGUGAAACCCAUACCGCCCUGGACCUCAACCCAGACGAGAGGAGGUUCUGUGUCUUCUCUCUGGCUGCCUCCACAGACGGAAAAGAGAUCCUUGGAGGAGCAAAUGAUGGCUGCCUCUACGUCUUUGAUCGUGAACAGAAUAGGAGAACCCUUAAGAUUGAUGCUCACGAGGAUGACGUAAACGCGGUGGCUUUUGCUGACAGCUCGUCCCAGCUGCUGUUCUCAGGCAGUGAUGACGUGCUCUGCAAGGUGUGGGACAGACGGACGCUGCGGGAGGACAGACCCCAGCCCGUGGGCCAGCUGUCUGGACACAGAGACGGCAUCACCUUCAUCCACAGCAAGGGCGACGCACGUUAUCUGAUCAGUAACUCAAAGGACCAGUCCAUCAAGCUGUGGGACAUGAGGAAGUUCUCCCCCAAGGAGGGCCUGGUGGCCUCACGGCUGAACAUCGUCCAGCAGGACUGGGACUACCGUUGGCAACAGGUUGUCCAGAAUGGUGCUGGGGAUGCCAUGAGGUUGUUGUACAUCUCCCAGGAGAGACACAAGCUGGCAGGCGACACCUCAGUGAUGACCUACAGGGGUCACGGUGUUCUGCACACGCUGUCGCUUCUCCCCGGAGUUCACCGGACAGAAGUUCAUCUACACUGGCUGUUCCACUGGGAAGGUCAUCGGUGA